AUGAUAGCAGAUUCAAUUUUAUGUAUUUUAUUAGAACAUAAUAGUAUUAUCACAAACUCAAAUAUUUAUCUCUUAAUUCAAGAUAAUGAAUUUUUUAUGAAAUAUCAUUAUAUUUGUUCAAUUUGGAUUCCUAUUAAGGAAUGCAUUAAUAUUGUUGAAGCAAAAUCAGCUUCUUUAACUGAUUGUUUUAUGCAAAUUAUUAAACUAGCAAUUGCUAUAUUUUGCCUUCCUUCAUCAAAUCCCUUUAAAGCUUCAGCAAUUCAAAUUUAA